AUGAUCCAAAGCGGUGAUGCCCAGCCGCAGAUCGAAUUAUGUCCAAUCAACCAAGAUGGGGCGGACGGCGCUGUCAAUAACACGGAAAAGAUUUCUGCGAAUGUACACGCGGCCAACGAAUUAGCCGAUGAAGGGGGUUCUAUCGCAGAAACAAGAGAGAAAAGGCCUCUCAACUUUUACCUCGCCUUUUUGGCCAUCAAUAUCGUUGUCUUUAUCUUUUCUCUCGAUUCUACUGGCCUCUCAGUGGCAAUACCGUCUAUUGCAGAGCAACUUCAUGGCACGACCUUACAAUCAUUCUGGGCUGGCAUUGCCUUCCUCCUUGCCACCGUCAUCACGCAGCCACUAUACACAAGCUUAUCCGACAUCUAUGGCCGCAAAGGCCUAUUCCAACUUGCCUUUUUCUUCUUUGCCGUUGGAUCCAUUGUGUUCGGAUUAGCACCUAAUAUGCCAGCAAUUAUCGUCGGACGCCUGCUUCAGGGCUUGGGAGGUGGAGGCUUGGACGUCCUCGGCGAGAUCAUUGUCACUGAUAUGACCGUGCUGAAAGAGCGACCGACGUAUCUUGGAAUUAUGGCUAUUCCGACCGCGGUGGGAAGCAUUCUCGGUCCAUCUCUUGGAGCAAUCUUCUGCCAAUAUGCUUCCUGGAGAUGGAUUGGCUGGAUAAACCUUCCAUGCCUUGGUGUGGCGUACCCUCUCGUGCUCUUUUGCCUCAAGCUAAAGAGGAUAGACACCCCUUUGAUACAGAGGACGAAACAACUUGACUGGAUAGGCAUUGCUCUUUUUACAUCAUCUUGCACAUUGUUCGUCCUGCCAUUGAGCUGGGCGGGAACGCUUUAUCCAUGGAGCUCAUGGAAGACUCUGUUUCCGUUCCUGAUUGGGACCUUUGGUCUUAUUGUAUUCGCUUGGUACGAAUCCAAACCUCUAAAGCCCAUCAUUCCGCACCGCCUUUUCUAUCCACGAACUGCAUCGGCUACACUUAUCGGGACCUUUUUCCAUGGAAUGAUACUGUUUUCUCUGAUGCAAUACCUUCCUUUCUUCUACCAAGCCGUCAAGAAUGAAACUCUCAUCCAUACUGCAUUGACCCUACUUCCGACAAGUGUUGCUAGUGUUCUAGCUGCUGGGUCGUCCGCUGCAUUGGUCGGCCCCCUCAAGGGUUACAGAUGGAGCAUCUGGAUCUCUUGGUUCCUUGUGACUCUUGGAACAGGACUGCUAGCUCUACUCAGCGUAUCUUCAUCCACGGCCAUGGGUUUCGGCAUUCCCAUUAUGUGGGGAUGGGGUGUCGGCGCUCUUCUGCGGGUGCCUCAGCUCCCGAUACAAGCCAGUGUGGCCAACAUUGAUGAUACUGGGCUUGUAAUUGGCCUCAUGAUGUUUCUUCGAUUGCUUGGUGGGCUCGUUGGCCUGGCUAUUAGCUCCACCAUAUUCAGCAAUGUCUUUGAGCCGUCCAUUUCCCAGAUUAUCCCAUAUUUGCCAGCAGAGCUCCAACAACUCGGGGACGCAAACAUGGCGAUUGGAUUUAUUCCAAAAUUGAGAACGCUAGAUAUACCAGCUGAAUCACUCCUGGUCAUUCAGAAAACAUAUUCGGAUGCAUUCAGAGCCAUAUUCUUCGCCAUGACGGGAGCUAGCGGCUUAGGUCUACUGAGUUCUCUUGGCACAGAAGAGUUGACUCUUGACAAGGAAGAACGCGGCCAGCAGCAAUUUGAUUCCACUUAA